UUGUCCUUCAAAAUGAUGGUCAGUUCCUGCAGAAAGUGUCACCAUUCUGUCUCUAUGCUGUUCAUUUUUGGAACACAACCUACGACCAGCUUAGAGACAGAGGUGAUGACACUUUCUGCAGAACCUGACCAUCAUGUUGCAGGACAAUGCUCAAGCAUGUACAGUGCAAGCUGUUACUGAUUUGUUUGACUGAUGGGGCUGCUAAGUGCUAUACCAUCUACUGCACUCUCCUGACUUAAGCCCUCAAGAGUUCAACUCGAUUUGUAAACUGAAGGAAACAUUUCAUGGCAUUCACUUCAGAAGUGCUACAAAUUCAUCGGGCAAUAGACCACGUCUGGCACUGCUAGGAGAAUCCUACGACUUCCACAUCACUGGCAAUGGGUUAUACACAAUGCUGGUGACUACUUUGAAGAUAACAUCUUGUGUGCCCAAAAUAAUGGCAGCAAACAUAGAAAUCAUGCAGAGAAAUGAAAUGAUUGGUACUGAUGACCAGGAAUCCCCACCCAGGGAAGUUCUACCACCGAGUUGCAAGUCUUUUCAGUUGAUGCAACUGCAACAUGGGCAACUUGUGUGUCGAUAAUGAUGAUGACAACACAACACCAAGUCCCCAAGCAGAGAAAACUUCCAAUGCAAUCAGGAAUCGAACCUGGGCCCACUGCAAAGCAGUCAGAAAUACUGACCACUCAGAGGAAUCUGAUGAGCCUGCAUCUGUGCAGCCAGUGUUUACUGAACAAAGUACAUCCUCUGCAACAGAGGGGUCAGCUGCAACACAGCUGUCUGGACCUCCAACAAAGAGGCAACGAAUUUCACGGAAAGAACCCAUUGAUGCCGAAUUAAGCUGGAAAUUUGCUGACAAUCAGCCUACUGUGCCACAAUUUGUAGAGAAAAGUGGAGUAAUGGCAGCUGUUCAUGAGAAUUCCACUCCACUUUAUGUGUUUUCGAUCUUUUUCCUUGUUUCCAUAAUGAAAUACAUAAAAUAUGAAACAAACAGAUAUGCAAAGUCAAAGCAGCUUCCAGGGUAAAGCCUCAUAGUUUUUGUAAUUCGUGGGUGGGAGUAAAGCUGCACAAAAUGUAUUUGUUUUUUGGCAUAUUUGUACACAUGUGUCUUGUGAAAAAACCAAAACUGACAGAUUACUGGUCUACCAAGAAUUUUAUUUCAACUCCUUUC